AUUUGUUUGCGGAUAAUCAGAUACCAAGAUGUUUUACACAUGUGGACCCAAUGAAGCCAUGGUGGUGUCCGGCUUUGGCCGUUCUCCUCCUUUAAUGAUUGCUGGAGGAAGAGUGUUCGUCCUCCCAUGUAUUCAGAAGAUCCAGAGGAUUGCACUGAACACUCUGACUCUUAAUGUGAAGAGUGACAAAGUCUACACCCGUCAUGGGGUCCCUAUCUCUGUCACUGGCAUUGCACAGGUGAAGAUCCAGGGCCAGAACAAGGAGAUGUUGGCCACCGCCUGCCAAAUGUUUAUGGGCAAGUCUGAGGCGGAGAUUUCCACCAUUGCACUAGAAACCCUGGAGGGACACCAGAGAGCCAUCAUCGCCCAUCUGACUGUGGAGGAGAUCUACCAGGACCGCAAGAAGUUCUCCGAGCAGGUCUUCAAGGUGGCCUCCUCUGACCUGGUCAACAUGGGGAUUGGAGUCGUGAGCUACACGCUCAAAGACGUUCACGACGAUCAGGACUACCUUCACUCUCUGGGUAAAGCCAGGACAGCGCAGGUUCAGAAGGAUGCCAGGAUCGGAGAGGCUCAGUACAAACGAGACUCUGUCAUGAGGGAGGCCCACGCCAUGCAGGAGAAGGUCUCCGCUCAGUACAAGAACGAGAUUGAGAUGGCGAAAGCCCAGAGAGACUACGAGCUAAAAAAGGCAGCCUACGAUGUGGAGGUCAACACCAAGAAGGCCGAGUCAGAGAUGGCCUAUCAGCUUCAGGUGGCCAAGACCAAGCAGCGCAUUGAGGAGGAGACGAUGCAGAUUCAGGUGGUGGAGAGGACGCAGCAAAUCACUCUGCAGGAGCAGGAGAUCACCCGCAAGGAGAAGGAGCUGGAGGCCAAGGUGAAGAAGCCCGCAGAAGCAGAGAAAUACCGACUGGAGAGGCUGGCCGAGGCAAACCGUCUGCAGCUCAUCAUGGAGGCUGAGGCCGAGGCAGAGUCCAUUAAAAUGAAGGGAGAGGCCGAGGCGUUCGCCGUGGAAGCUAAGGGCCGCGCCGAGGCCGAGCAGAUGACCAAGAAAGCAGAGGCCUUCCAGCAGUACAAAGACGGAGCCAUGGUGGACAUGCUGCUGGAGAAACUGCCCCUGGUCAGUCUGAGUGCACUCAUAAGGAUGGAGCUGUGGGAGAGAAUCAGAAAACCUUUAUCAGAGAAAGUGAUCAGGAUGAUGUACGUGUGGGCUCUGUGUCGGGACCAGGAGGAGCUGAACCCGUACGCCGCCUGGAGACUUCUGGACAUCUCCGCCUCCAGCACCGAGCAGAUCCUCUGA